AUGGCAACUCUCAAGGGGCCCGGUGCUCCUCAGAAACACGAUGGCUCCGGCCUGCGAAUUGCAAUAGUCCAUGCUCGGUGGAACACCACCAUAAUCGAAGCCUUGGUCAACGGUGCAAAGAAAGCCAUGCUGGCUCAAGGGGUGAAAGAGGAGAACAUCGUCAUUGAAACGGUCCCCGGAUCGUACGAACUUCCCCUCGCAGUCCAACGAGUCUAUGCGGCCUCCCAAAUACAGAGCACAGCGAGCGCAGUUGCAGGUGGCCUGGGCAGUCUCACGAGUGGAAUCGGAGACCUUCUGGGAGGCAGUAACUCGACGACAGAUCUGCAGGGAAGUCUACAACCAGGGCCGCCGGAGCCAGAAAAGAAAGACGUGAAAGGAUUGAGGCAUACCUUUGAUGCCAUAAUAGCCAUCGGUGUGCUCAUCAAAGGCGAGACCAUGCACUUUGAAUACAUCGCCGAUGCUGUGAGCCAUGGCCUCAUGAGAGUCCAACUGGACACCGGUAUCCCAGUGAUCUUUGGUCUCCUUACAGUGCUCAACGAAGGCCAGGGCCUGGCCCGAGCUGGUCUCGAAGGAGGCACCGGCAAGGAGGCUAAGGGACAUAACCACGGGGAAGACUGGGGCAAUGCAGCCGUCGAACUUGGAGUGAAGAGAAAGGGUUGGGGGGAAGGAAAGGUUGCUGGAACGUGA